CAAACGCUGUUUCCGUUGUAGGUCUUGUUGAACACAUUUUCUGUCGUUAUUAACCUGUUUGUAUACAUACGUGAAGUGUUGCUAACGGUAUAGCUAUGAGCGUCGUUAUUCCUCGAAUAGAACAGCUGUCUGCCCGAGUUAUUCGAGUUUUGGGGUGUAACCCGGGACCCAUGACCCUGCAGGGAACUAAUACGUACUUGGUGGGAACAGGGGACAGACGAGUGUUAAUAGACACUGGAGAGCCUGCCGUUCCUGAAUACAUCAAGAAUCUGAAACAGGCUCUGAGGCAGUUCAAUACCAGCAUUCAGGAGAUUAUUGUCACACACUGGCAUCAUGAUCACACAGGAGGAGUAGAGGACAUCUGCAGAAAUAUCACAGGUUCAGAGGUCAAAGUCAGUAAACUACCUCAUUCCAACCGCGCCUCAGAGUCAGUUGGAAAUAAGAGCUUUACUUACUUAAAAGAUGGAGACGUGGUACAAACGGAGGGAGCCACACUCAAAGUGCUGUUUACCCCCGGCCACACAGAUGAUCACAUGGCUUUGCUGCUGGAGGAAGAGCAGGCUCUAUUCUCUGGAGACUGCAUCCUGGGUGAGGGCACGGCAGUGUUUGAGGAUCUCUAUGACUACAUGAGGUCACUCCAAAUCCUACUGGACUCCCAGGCUGACCUUAUCUACCCUGGUCAUGGCCCUGUGGUUCAGGAUGCUGGCUCUAAGAUCAUACAGUACAUGAGCCACAGAGACCAGAGAGAGCAGCAGAUCCUGAGAGCAGUUCAGUCAGAUGCAGGAAGGCCUUUCUCCUCAAUGGAACUCGUCAAGAUUGUCUACAAGGACACACCUGAGUAUCUACAUAAAGCAGCUGAGGUGAACUUGGUUCAUCACUUGAAGAAGCUGGAGAAAGAAGGCAAAAUUAGUCUGGUGAAUGAGCCCUCACAGAAGAUCAAAUGGAAGAGCAACCUGUGAACCUCCACUGCUCAAAAGGGCUUAAAAUGAACAAGACAAUGAAAAUCCAUGAGCUUAACCAUUUUCUACUGAUAUACCUGACACAACUGUGUGACUGUUGUGUUGUCUGUGCCUGUGUAAAGGUUUAGUGCCCUUGAAUUAUUAUUUUUUGUAAAGCCCAAGUAGUCGUUUUAUUGACACUGACUGUGUUUACAUGGACCCUAAUAUUUCAUUAAUAAUGUAAAUGACACCCCAGUUUGACUAGAGAUGCCUCAUGUAACCACCAAAAUCGGCAGAAUAAGUCAACAAGAAUUUUCAUUCAAAGUCAUGGGGGGCAGCGAUAAUGUGUUUAAUAGGAACAUACCGGCCAUGUAAAUUUGUGAUCUGAGCCUCCUUUUGCAUCUGACUGAUCCAUGAGGGAAUUUCUGAGAGGGAUGGACAUGAAGAGGUAGAAAAACUAAACUGGUCUGUGGAUGAGUUAGCUGUUUUUUGGAGACUUUAAAGGAUUGUGGAAUUUCUUCAUAGUCAAAAAGCUUGUAGUAACAAAAAACUUUUUUUUUCCCAGAACACGUUAUGGGUUCAUCAUGGUUUUCUGAAUAAUAAAAGCUGUAAAACUAAUUCUUCUGUUGUAUUUCCAGCAGAAUGAGCAAAAAUAUUUUUAAAAAAUCUAUAUUCUACAUGCUUUUAAUAUGUAAACCAUAAAGCGGUGCCAUGUUUUCUGUGUUUUGUCACAUACACUAACCAGCUGCCAACACUGGCCCUUACAACACUCAAGCACCUAUUUUUAUAUCAUCACAUAUCUUAUUAAAAACAAACUGAUCUAUUAAGCAAACUGAUUUCUGAAACAAACCGACUGAAAUGUCAAUUCAAAAAAUGUCAACUAUGCACAAAUUAGCCUAAAAAGUCCAAAAUUAUUUUUCACAGGAUAACAUGGAGGUGGUAGAGUUUAUGAGCUAUAGUCGAGACAUUUUGGCUUCUAAUAUGAAGUGCCUUCAUGACAUCCCUUUUGUUUUAUACAGUCUAUGACAUAAAUGCACUUUGUAUUGGAUGAGUGUCCAUGUAAACUCUUAAUUUAGAAUCUCUGUUCAGAAAUACUAUAUCUUCUUUUCCUUCACUACAUCUUGUACAUUUGUUAUCUUUUUCAUCUUCUCUUCUGCUGUAAAACUUAAGUGAAUCAGUAUUUUAUCAGUUUAAUAGCCCAUAUUGCUGUUACUUAUACAAGUGAUACAAUGAGGCCUGUUGUGCAGUGACACACUAUAUGCCUUUGUGUCAAACACUGACAGAGCAAAGUACUCUGUCAGUGAAUUAUUGUUGCAAAGUUCUGUGUCACCGUUACAGAUGAGUGUCCACUUGCUCUGAAUGAGUUUUAACACAGCCCUGGUGAGGGUUUACCUGCAGUUCAGAGUGUACUCAAUACAACAGGAAAUCUUCACAUAUUUUCACCCUGUCCUUUGUCACAUGUUUAUCAGCUGCUAUUUUUAACUUUUACUUUCACCUUUACAGUUCUGAUUAUUCAGCACUCUGAAAACUUUCUGCAUCAGUGUGUCACUAGGUGGCAGUAUCUGUUCAUUUGUUGUGACAUCAAGCUGCCAGAAAAAAAGUGAUAGUAUAGUUGUAAAUAUUCAUUCCAAAUGUUAAGAAUGAGUGAUUUUAUGAUAAAUUUUAAAGACUGUAAAUGUAUAAUUUUAUUGAAAAAGAUAAAGACAGUGUUGAUUAAUGUA